CAACGGUCCUAGGGGGCUGUUGAGCGGCCCGGACCUGCAGAGGCCAAAAUGGAGACCGGAGUGUCAGAUGUCAGCAACCCCUUUUCAGUAGAAGGUGACAGCCUGAUCCUGGAUCUCGACUUGUACGAUGCCGACAGCUAUGACGUCCCGGAUCCAGGGCUGCUCAAGGAGAAGAAUGAGUCGUUUUCGGAGCCAGUCCCAGGGCUUUUUACCAGCAGCUUGCGGUGGCAGAACAUGACCCCGCGCGCCCGUGCCCGCCAGCUAUGGCUACUCCUGCGUACAGGCCUCCGUGACUUCGUGGAAAAGGAAAAGAGAGCCGAGCUGUGCGUGGGCCGCUUGACACACGGGCUGGAGCCGCUGCGCCACCUGACGGUGGCAGCUGGGCUGCGCUCAGUGGCGCAGGACCCAGCGGGCAGACGCUUCGUGGUGCUGGAUGGUGCGGGCCGCCUGCACCUGCACAGACAAGACGGCUGGGCUUACGAGAAGCUGUGUGCCCCAGCAGUGCUCACGGGGCUGGUGGCGGUGCCAGGCCCUCUGGGUGCUGUGGGCCGCUUCGUGGGCUGGGGCCCCGAGGGGCUGGCCAUACUAAGGCCUGACCUCAGCCUGCUGUGGCUGAGCAAGCCAGGGGUGGGCAGGGUGCCGGGCCACCAGCCCGUCUGCUGUCUGCCGGUGCCCAGCCUGGGGCUGUUGCUGGUGGCAGAGGCAGGCGGCAGCCUGGUGCUCUGGAAGUUCCGCUCAGGAGGCCGCUGCCUGGUGCCGUGUGGGUCACCUCUGCAGCUGCCACCAAGCCCUGCAGGCGCAGUCACCCGUUUGGUUCUCGGGCCCUUGCCCUCCCACCAAGCCCCAUGCUGCUUCGCGGCCUGUGGCUCGGCUGUGCUCACCUUUGAUCUGGACAGCUGGGCUCUCGUAGACGUGCGCCGGGACCUGCAUAAAACCACCAUCUCGGACCUGGCCUACUGCAAGGAGGUAGAGGCCAUGGUGACGGCUUCUCGCGACAGCACAGUGAAGGUGUGGGAGGCCGACUGGCAGGUCCGGAUGGUGUUCGUGGGCCACACAGGCCCAGUGACAGCUGUGGCCGUCCUGCCGAACACCGCCCUAGUCCUGUCAGCCUCGCAGGAUGGGACGCUGCGCACGUGGGACCUGCAGGCGUCAGCACAGGUGGGCGAGGUGGCGCUGAGCAGCCGGGGCCGAGGGGUGCCAUCUGGGCACGUGAACCGCCUGCUGGCGCCCGCUGGCCCCGGCUGGCCGGUGCUCUCUUUGAGCGCGAGCAGCGUGGAGCUGUGGCUCCUUCGCGAGCUCUACUCGCCGUUGGCGCAGCUGUCAGCGCCGGUGCUCCACCUGCAGACCGCGCCCGCGCUGCCCGCGCCCGCGCACCCGCCGCUGCCUAUGCGCCUUGUGUGCGCAUGCGCCGAUGGCUCGGUCUACCUCGUGUCGGUCGCCACGGGGCGCACGGUGAGCGCGCUGCUGCUCGAACCGGAGGACGGCGCAGCCUCGCUGCUUUAUUGCCUACCGCGGGAAGCACUGUGGCUGCUGACACGCGCCGGACACCUGGUGUGUGCCAACGCCGCACGAUGCCCCAUGCGCGUGCUAAACCGGGUGUGCCCGCCCCCGGCCCCCGCGCCCAGGCCCUGCUGCCUGCACCUGUACAGCCACCUCACAGACCCCAGCGGCGCAUUCGCCAGCUGGCAGAUCGUACGCCAGCAUGGGGGCGAGCUGUGCCUCAGUGACCUGGCCCGACCCCGGAAGGACAAAAACCGGUACCUGCCCGUGGUGGGGCACACGGAUGGCACCCUGUCGGUCCUCGAGUGGCGCCGGUCGAAGCCCGUCUUCCAAACCGAGGCACACAGCCCGGGCCCCGUCACCGCCAUUGCAUCUACCUGGAACUGCGUUGUGUCCUCCGGCGGAGACUUGACCGUGAAGAUGUGGCGUGUCUUCCCCUAUGCUGAGGAGAGCCUCUGCCUGCUGCGAACCUUCUCUUGCUGCCACCCGGCGACGGUGCUCUGCGCUCUGGGGAAGCGGGUGACUGUGGGCUUUGAGGAUCCAGACGGCGCCACCUACGGCCUGGUGCAGUUUGGCCUGGGCAACAGCCUCCGCUACGAUCACCGGCCCCAGGAUGACCCCACGGACCACAUCACUGGCCUGUGUUGCUGUCCCACACUCAAGCUGUAUGCCUGUUCCAGCCUGGACUGCACCAUCCGCAUCUGGACAGCCGAGAAUCGCCUGCUGAGGCUCCUGCGGCUGAAUGGUGCCCCUCAGGCCCUGACCUUCUGCAGCGACAGUGGGGACCUGGUGCUGGCUCUGGGCUCCCGACUGUGCCUGGUGUCCCAUAGGCUCUACCUGCCCACAUCUUACCUGGUUAAGAAGCUAUGCCGGAAGGUCCCUGAUGUGGUGGAUGACCCUCCCCUGCCACCGACCACCCGGGAGUCGCUGACCUCAGCCCAGCUGCAGAGGCUCGCCAGCCUACGUGGGGUGGCCAGUCUUAGCACGGACUUGUCUUUCAUCCAUCACCAGACGGCCACACCUCAGCAGCCAGUGUUGGAGGAGGACCUAGAAGCCCUAGUUUCCCGGGAUGAAGACCUUCAGAUGCUGAGACUGGGGCUGGUGGUCCCGGCAGCCCAGCCCCCACCCUCCUGGCAACAGCGGCGGGAGGCCUUUGACAACUAUCUGCGUCUCAUCUAUGGCCCUGGCUUGCUGGGCAUGCGUUCUGGAAGAGAGUCCCAGCAAUGGAGUACCGUGACCCUCCCGCUGGAGAGAGAGACCUGCGAUGUGUGUGCCUCGCCCACAGCUGCCCUCAGUCUUAGGCAGGCCGAGGUCUGCACUGAAGCCCUAAGGGGGCCGGCAGCCCGCCCCUUGCAGGACCUGGGGACCGGGGGCCAGCUCUCCGCCCCCCCCCCCCCAGUCCCCCUGCCCACCCCCCACCCCCACCGGGGGGUGCACAGCAGGGCCUCCCAGCCGCUGGCCCGCUCCUCUCUGAGCGGCAGCCUGGGCCUCGGUCUGGACCUGCAGCUGCAGUUGGAGCGGCUCCAAGGGGAGAAGCCUGUGGUCCCGGGCCUACCGUCCCCCCACACACAGCACAGGAUCCCCCUCCUGAUGACGAGGCGGCCCGAGGAGCUCCUCUCCAACCUCCGAGGCUUCUUUCCUGCCACCAUUCAGCCCUGUGAGCCCUCGCGCAGGCCCGUCCACUUCCCCGGCAGCGUGCCCAACUCUGUGGUGCUGCAGCAGAUGUGGCCGCACAGGGAGGUCAGCGGCCUCGGAGCCCCCGCCCCGCUCACCAGCCACGGCAGACACCAGCCAGGUGGGAGCCAGGACAUGUGGCUGCCACGACGACGCGGGAGGCAGUGGCAUGCCAAGUGGCAGCAGAAGCUGAUCCGGUGGUUGGGGGAAGAGGAGGCGGAGGAGGCGGAGGAGGAGGAGGAGGAGGAGGAGGAGGAGGAGGACGAGCUGUAUCUGGACUGGGCCUCCGACUCCCUGAGCCCACGCGGGCACCUCUCCGAGUUGGAGGAGGCCAAGAGCCCCGAGGAUUCGACCCCGAAGCCCUUGCACUCUCGUGACGCCUCCGCCGGGACCCAGGCCUCGCGCGGCCCCUCGUACCCCUUCAGGCGCUCGCUCUGGGAAGAGCGCUACGGCCGUCUGCCCAGGUUUCUGCAAUUUUUCAUCUGCCAGAACUGGUUCAAAAAGCUGUUCCCCAUCUUCGACCUGAAGGUUCGGGGGUCUCGGGCACCUGGGAAGCACAGGCUGGCGGGGAGGCGGGCAGUGCAGGGAACAGGGCCUCGGCGCUGGGUACCGCAGGUGUAUCCCGAAGUGGGCACGGUGGAGGGCCUGGCCUCGCUGCUCACGGACCUGCUGGACGAGGCCUCCUGGGCAGACCGCGUGCACAUCCUGGGAGCGCUGCUGCGGCUGCUGCCCGACGUGAGCAGAGACCUCUGUAACCGGCUGCGGGGCAUCCUGGAGCGCUUGCUCAACCUGGACCAGCCCCCCAGCCUCGAGGACCAGACGCAGAAGCAGUUCGUGAUGCUGGCGUUGCAGCUCCUCCUGGCCUGCUCCCUGGAGUCCCACGAGGUGGUGCUGGAGCUCAUGUCCUACUUCCUCUACUCGCCAGCCUCCUGCCGGCCCUGGCUCAAGAAGCUGCUGGAAGGGCUAGGCCUUCAGGAUCCACAGGGCUUCCUGUUCAAGGAGAUGACGACCUGGGUCCAGGGCCCGGACGCCAACUGCAAGGCUGCACUGCGCCAACGCUGCUGCCAGAAGCUGGAGGAAAUGAUGGAGCGGCUACAGGUGGAAUCCUUGCAGCCUUCUGUAGUAGCCGAGUUGUCAGAGGUGCUGCCCGAGGUCUCCAGGACCUCGGCACUUUACCCUCCUCCCAAGGAGGCCCCGUCUCAGAUUUCCGUGCUCUCUGGGUCACCUUUUCAUGUCUCAGCGACACCCUCAGCCCAUUCCUGGGCCCCCUCACUGGUGGUCUCACCUGGGGAGCUGGACUUGGCCACCCUUGAGUCCCAGGCCCAGCAAACGCUUCCACCAGUGUGCUUCUGGUGGACCAGACGCACGCUGUCAGAGACACUGCGACACUUCUGCCCCUCGUCCGAGGUCCAUUUGCACCCCUCAGUACCCGCUGUGCUGCCGGAUGAGCCACUGCCACUGGAGCAGACGGACUGGUCACAGUCGCAGAUGCUGGACCUGGGGCCGAUCGAUGCGCUCAACUUCUUCUGUGAGCGGCAGCGGGCCCGGCAGCAGAGUCCCCUGCAGGAGGAGCCCGAGAGCCCAUGCCUGAGCUUGCGCCCACCUGUGCCCAACACAGUGCUACCACAGCCCUGGGAUCGCUGGCACUAUCCUAUCCUCCGGCUUCAGGAGGCCAAGGUCCAGAGGUCUCCGAUGAGACUGAGAGGCCGGAUGCCGUCCCGGCUCCGGGUGGGCAGUGCCCUCCAUGGCGCCAUCCGCAUGCUGAAACUGCCCCUGCCGAGGGUGGAAAUUCGUCCCUUCCCCCCGGCCUGGCCCAGGCCUGCCCGUCCGCUGCCCCCGCUGCUCCUGCAGCCUGCUUUACAGCGCUACUUUCUGCCAGAUGACACGAACCCUGACAGCUACAGUUGACACCAGGCUGGUGGCCCCAGUCUCUUCUUCCCUCCAGCCUGGAGGCAGGAAGCCGCUUUCCAGCCAACUGUUCUCCCCCUAGAAAUAAAGUCCAGAGGUCGUGGCCAGAAAACUGGGUGCCACCUUCAUCUUUGGGGGCUGCAAGGGUGCACGGGGAGGUCCUGCUUGUGUCUUGUGAAUCUCCCGGUGGCCAGCUGCAUGUGCAAGGCA